UCUCUCUCUCUCUCUACAUUUCCCAUUUCCCUCUCUCUCUCUCUCUCUCUCUCUACAUUUCCCAUUUCCCUUCAUCCGAAUUCCUUCAACACCAAGCAAAGCACUGUUAAUCAGAAGAGGAGGAAACAGAGAGAGAAGAAGAGAGAAGAAGAGAGAAGAGGCCAGAAGAAAGAAAAAUAAAAAGACGAAAAUGACCUCUCGAGAGCAGAAAACCCGACCGCCACCGUCCCGACCGCCACCAUCCCGACCGCCACCGUCUCAACCGUCAAACAACAACUACCAGCACUACUACCCAACGACGUCGUCUUCGUCCUCCGCCUCCUUCCGUGGCUGCUGCUGUUGCCUCUUCCUUCUCUUCUCCUUCCUCGCCCUCUUAGUCCUCGCCAUCGUCCUCGUCAUAAUCCUCGCCGUUAAACCCAAAAAGCCCCAGUUCGAUCUCCAACAAGUCGGCGUACAGUACAUGGGCAUCACCGCACCCAAUCCCACCUCCGCAAUGACCACAACCACCGACCCUAACCCGAAUCCGACCACAACCGCCUCUCUUUCGCUCAACAUUCGGAUGCUCUUCACGGCGGUUAACCCUAACAAGGUGGGGAUCAAGUACGGCGAGUCCAGGUUUUCUGUCAUGUACCGAGGGAUUCCGUUGGGGAAAGCUUCGGUGCCGGGGUUUUAUCAGGAGGCCCACAGUGUGAGGCAGGUUGUGGCCACGAUCGCCGUCGAUCGGGUCAAUCUUCUACAAGCGGACGCUGCUGAUUUGAUCAGAGAUGCUUCGCUCAACGAUAGGGUCGAGCUUAGGGUUCUCGGAGACGUUGGCGCCAAGAUCCGCGUCUUGAACUUCGAUUCCCCUGGGGUUCAGGUCUCAGUGGAUUGUGCUAUAGUGAUAAGUCCAAGGAAACAGUCUCUCACUUACAAGCAAUGUGGAUUUGAUGGAGUAAAUGUGUAGAUCUCACCAGAACAAUUUCUCAUUUUCUUCUUUCUCUGCAAGUAGAGAGGAAGAAGCAAUGGAAAAAGAGAAGGAAAAAAAAAAAAGAAGGCAUUUGCGAGUGAAAAUCUCUCGCAUUGGUGGAAUAUCGAAGCUAGCCAAGAGAAAAACGAAGAGGUUUUUUUUACGGUAACUAGAAACGAAAAACAAAUUUCGUCCCAAGAUUUUGCAGACAUUUUUACCAUUGGUUGCUACGGGAAGUUGCUAACUACUUGGAAACUGUAAAGUGUAAAAACUAAUUGGUUGCUAUUGAGAGAUUCCACGUCCUUUUUUGUUUUUUUGUUUUUGGUUUUUUUUGGUUUUUUUGUUUUUUUUUAAGGCAAAGUCUGUUUUUGAAGUAAAAAGGGAUUGCCGGCAGCCCACGUCUGGGAAUCUUUUUUUUAUUUUUUUUGAGAAGUUGGAAAAAGGUCUUCUAGUACAUUUGGCCAUUUAAUUGUAAGCGGAGGACAAUU